UAAACUGAACUUUCGCCUUUGCCCCCCGCCUCCCAGAACACGAUUCCGACAUUUACAAGCUUUCCUAAACGCAACAUGUGGUCAUCGCUUAUUAGCUCCACGGCUAGCUCCUCCCAAAACUGGAACAGAGUAAAGCUCCCAUUGCAGAUGGGUCCAGUUCAGUGAGACGAGAAGUCCGUGUCUUUCCCGUAAUUCUCAGAUGUCCAGCGCUACGUGUCCUUCUGGUGUGUCGUAAAAGGUUGAGGACCAGCCGGGCUCGGACAGAACAGGAUGGCUUUCACCAAAUCCCUGCGGCUUUUGUUCAUUUUCCCCUUUGUCUCAGCAACUCUGGUGGCUCCUCCGACCAACGUGACCCUAACCUGCCGCAACCUGCAGAACAUUUUGUCCUGGAAUUAUGAUAACGAUGUUCCUGGGGUUAGAUUCAAAGUUUCAAUCCGCUCUACAGCAAAAAUAUCAGGGUACUCUAAAAAAAUGUGGGUUAACGAAUCUUCUUCUCGACAAGCAGAUCUUUCGCUUCUGUCAGAUCCAGAUAUUAUGUACCUUGUCGAUGUAAAGGCUGUACUGGGGAAAGAUGAGUCUGUUUCGUCUCCAGAGGAUGGCAUCGAAUUUUCCUAUUUCUCCAGUGCUCUGAGUGGUCAGAAAUGUCUUUUGGAUAUCCCACCCGUUGACAUCACUACCCAGGACCAGCACCACAUGCUGGUAGAGUUCAAGCAUCCCUGGCUGGUGUACAAGGACGGGCUGUAUAGAUGUAACGCACAGAAGAAGAAGAACGAACUACCAAACUUUAAGUACACCAUCAAUGUGGUUGGCCAGGAUAAGCCCCACUCCUCUGACUGUGAGGAGGAUGAGUGCAAGAUCAGACUGCAAGUGGACAUGAAGCAGGACAAACACUGUCUGAAAAUCAAUGGAGAGCUCGAACUGAUGACUGUGGUGACCACAAAGGAAUUCUGCACCGAGAAAGCCCCACCGCCUCUCAAUCGCACUGGCCUCAUUGCUGGCAUCACCAUCGCCAUCCUGGCAGCACUGGCUGUAAUUGCCGUCAUGGUUUUCUGGAAACAGACGAGACCCACCCUGGUUAAAAUCAAUUCUUUAGUGAUCCGUAAAACAAACAAGCCAGAGUUUCAACACCUUCCCGAUGUUCCCAGUCCUGUGACAGUGAGCCCUUUCCCGAUGCCUCCCGAAGAUCCGCCUGUGAAACCCGUCAUCAUUCCAAAGACUGAUGAAGACUACGACCAACGCAUCAAGUUGUCACCCAACAACCAGGCUUUUACUGAAGAGCGAGAGGAAGAGAGCACGUCUGAUGACCCGUACAUGAGCGGGCAAAAACUGGACAGUGACUCUGAAGAGCCAGACUUCAUAGAGAUAAUCCCCUCUCCUUACGAGUGCCGCGGGGUGGUGGUGGAGUUGGCUCCCGAGGACCGCGCUGAGGGAUACCGGGCCUGAUUAAUUGGUUUGAUCUAAAAGAAAAGAUUAACAAUUUAAUAACGGGGG